AUGUACAACCAGCUGAUUGUGCUGCUCGAUCGUCAUAUCAAUGUUUCGGGCAACAGUUUGCGUGCAAAAUUAACUAUGGAUGAAUCUCAAUGUGUGAAGAUCUUUACCGCAAUAGAUCCGUGUCUUACGUUUCUCGAGCAGAGCAUCAACAAGCGAAUCUUUGUCAUUGUGCCUGGUUCAUUCGAUCCAACGACAGUGCUAUCGAUAUGCGAUCAUAAACAUGUACAUCACAUCUAUUCACUUCAUGGAGAUAUUGCAAGUCAUACCAAUUUGGCAGAAGGUUAUGCAAAUAAAUUAACCACGUUCAAUCAUGAAGAUAACUUAAUAGGUCGACUUUUCCAAGAUAUUGAAAACUAUCUACGUCAACAAGCAAACGAAUGCAUCAUACAAGCCAAUAUUUACAAAGAACGUGCGAAACAGGUUAGCACAGGGUGCUGUGGUUGA